ACAAAAAAAACUGGGACAGACGCACCGAGCCCCUACUCGCCCUCUACCUCGGCCGCUCGGCUCCUGAUCUCGCCGGCUCGCCGCUUACCUCGCCGGACGCCAUCGCCCGUCGCUGCCUGCCUCGCCGUCGCUAGACGCCAAGGAGGCGCCCCUUCCCGGAGCUCGGCGCUACCGCGCCCCCUUGGCGCCCCUGCAAACCGGCGCCUGCCGCCCAGUCCGCUGUCCGCCGAUUCCGGCACUCGGCCGGCUGCAAGCCAGCAACCCUGCCCAGUGGCCAGCCUUUAGCCCGAUUUGAGGACUUGAGGCAAGUUUUCCAUUGCGCCACUUCCCAUUCCCCAAUUUCUGAUUUAGGGUUUGCUCUUUGCUGUCUAUUGCAUUGGAAAGUGCCUCAAAUUCCCCAAUUUCCUCGUGCCUUCGCCCACCGAGUGGUCAACCAGCCAAAGACCAUGUGGCGCCGAGCCGGACCGAUCUGCCUCCACCUCGCCGGAAUCGCCGGCCGCCGCAUCCGACGACCCCCACAGCCUCCUGCUCCCACAGCCACCUGCUCUAGCUCCGCCUUCGCUUCAUCCUCUUUCCACCACAAUCUUGGAACCUUUCGGGAUUCCAUCGGAGUUCCUCCCUCUCGAAGCCUAUCGAACCAGGCAGGAGGUGAUGGCGGCAUUGGCGGCGAGUGCUGGAGUUGUGGCGCCAAGGGGGCAUUCCUCUCCUGCGGGUCCUGCAGGAGUGUGCAGCCCGUUGAUCCUGCGGUCGACUACUUCCGAAUAUUUGGCCUGGACAGAGGAUAUGACGUAAAGGAUACCAACUUAGAAGGAAAGUACAAAGACUGGCAGAAGAAGUUACAUCCUGACCUUGUUCAUUCUAAAUCAGAGAAAGAGAGAGAUUUUGCGGCCGGGCAGUCAGCACUUGUCAUUGAGGCAUAUCGCACACUGAGCAAACCUUUACCAAGGGCAUUGUACUUGCUGCAACUUGAGGGGAUACACGUUGAUGAGGAGAAGACUAUCAAUGAUCCAGAACUUCUUAUGGAGAUGAUGGAGAUACGCGAAGCAGUUAGCGAAGCCGGUGAUUCGCAAACUCUGAAGAAGAUCCAAUCUCAGAUGAAGAGUAAGCUCGAAACCUGGGCCAAAUCCUUCCAGGAAGCGUUCAACAAGAGGGACUUCGACGGCGCCGUGGAAGCUACACAGAGGAUGAGAUACUAUGAACGUGCUAUGGAAGAAACUGUGAAGAAGCUUUGAUCUUGGCCCCGACUGGGAGCCAUGUAGAUUGUUACGCCUUCAAGAAAACUAGACAGGGUCCACGGCGCCGGGAGUCUGGUGGCUGACAUGCGCUUGUAAGCUGGUUGCAGGUCUGUUGAGGCAUCCUGAGAGGCAGAGUCCGUACUACGUAGUUUGACUGAAUAAAGUGACUCUGUUUUUAUACGUUGUUUUCCUUGCGUUACCUGUGUUGUAUCCUGGUUGGCUGGUGUGGCCGUGGGAAAAUUGUACUGCAGACAAAAUACUGUGCUGGUUGCUUUUCGUGCGCGUACCGAGGGCAGAUCAGGGAACUGUAGCUAUCCCUGAUUUUGCUUCGUACGUACGUCAGAGGAUCUGCA